CCGAUGAGAUUGGCCGCCGCCGCGGCGCCAUGCAGCCCCCGACGGCCGCUGUGACCACCGCGUCGUCGCUGGACUGCGCGAGCUCCUGCAGGUCCUCCCCCACCUGGAAGCGGGGCGGCGGAGGCGGGAGGCCCUACGAAUGCAGCGUCCUCUCCUGCGCCUGGAACGCCCCGCGCGCGCUCACCGGCGCGCUCGCCAGCACCGCGCAGUGCUCCUCCUGUAGCCACGCCGAAGGCCUAGGCGCAGGGAGGCGGCGAGGGCGGCCGCGCCAGAGUAGCAACAACAACACGUUAGUGCACACCACCUGGGGAGAAGACAUCAACAAUGGAAAGCUGGGUCAUGGUUCAUCGGCUAGUUUUGUUUCCUCUGGAGAAAAGUUCAGAUCUUGGUCAACCCAUGUGAAUCCUGCGUGGAGGGUUUCCUGCCAUUCGUCAUCUGAUCAGUUCAGCCUUGUUUCUCCAGAAACGUUGUGGGAGAGUCUCAGACCAGCUAUCUCAUACCUUCAACCAGAAGAACUGAACUUUGUACAUGACGCUCUUAAGUUAGCAUAUGAAGCACAUAAUGGGCAGAAACGCCGGAGUGGCGAACCCUUCAUCAUUCAUCCCGUUGAAGUUGCUCGCAUUCUUGGAGAGCACGAACUUGACUGGGAAUCAAUUGCUGCUGGUUUAUUGCAUGACACUGUUGAAGAUACUGACAUGGUUACUUUCGAAACAAUACAAAAUGAGUUUGGGGCAACAGUGCGCCGUAUUGUUGAAGGGGAAACAAAGGUGUCUAAGCUAGGUAAACUUCAAUGCAAAAAUGAGGGUAGUUCAAAACAAGAUGUCAAAGCUGAAGACUUAAGACAGAUGUUUCUUGCAAUGACAGAAGAGGUUCGUGUAAUCAUUGUGAAACUGGCAGACAGGUUGCAUAACAUGCGUACUCUUACACAUAUGCCUCCGCACAAGCAGUAUGCGAUAGCCAUGGAGACGCUGCAGGUCUUUGCACCCCUAGCAAAACUGCUUGGGAUGUAUCAAAUAAAGUCUGAGUUAGAAUAUCUGUCCUUCAUGUACAUGAAUCCUGGUGAUUUUGCUGAACUAAGGAAAAGAGUUGAAGACAUCUUCAAAGCCCAUGAACAAGAAUUGGAAGAGGCAAAUAGAAUCUUAAAGGAAAAAAUUGCUGAGGAUCAAUUUCUCGACCUUGUGAGUGUCGAAACAGAAGUGCGCUCUGUCUGCAAAGAAGUUUACAGCAUUUACAAAACCGCUCUCAAGUCCAAGAGUUCAAUAAAUGAGGUAAACCAGGUUGCUCAGCUGCGAAUCAUCAUAAAACCAAAAUCCUGCAAUGGCGUUGGGCCACUCUGCACCUCACAACAGAUAUGCUACCAUGCUCUUGGUCUUGUUCAUGGCAUAUGGACACCUAUACCUCAAGCCGUUAAAGACUACAUUGCAACUCCAAAGCCUAAUGGCUAUCAAAGUCUACAUACUACAGUAAUACCGUUUUUAAAUGAGAGUAUGUUUCAUUUGGAAGUUCAGAUAAGAACAGAAGAUAUGGAUCUGAUAGCGGAAAGAGGCAUUGCUGCACACUACAGUGGAAGAGGGGUAGUUUCCGGGCCUGUGCGUCCAGGAAUAUCUAGUGGAAGAAAUUUAGAUGGGAAAGUGAUCUGUCUUAACAAUACAGGCUUUGCUCUGAGGAUUGGUUGGCUCAAUGCAAUCCGUGAAUGGCAAGAAGAGUUUGUUGGUAACAUGAGCUCUAGGGAAUUUGUGGAUACUAUCACCAGAGAUCUUUUGGGAAGCCGUGUCUUUGUUUUUACACCUAAAGGCGAGAUUAAAAAUCUGCCUAAGGGGGCCACUGUGAUCGAUUAUGCAUAUCUGAUCCAUACGGAAAUUGGAAACAAAAUGGUAGCAGCAAAGGUGAAUGGUAAUCUAGUUUCGCCAAUCCAUGCACUUGCGAACGCUGAAGUAGUGGAGAUAAUAACUUACGAUAAAUUAUCCAGUAAAUAUGCAUUCCAGCGUCAUCAGCAGUGGCUACAGCAUGCAAAAACCCGCAGUGCUAGACACAAAAUUAUGAAAUUCUUAAGGGAGCAAGCCGCUCUUUCUGCUGCUGAAAUAACUGCGGAGGCAGUUAAUAGCUUUGUCGCUGAUCUUGAAGAUGAAAGUGACAGUGAGCCGUUAAUUCCAGCCACACAAAAUGAGGACUACAGAUUCAAUUGGCAGAAGAUAUUAAGUCCCAACAAGUUAUCCUUUGCAAAUAAAAAUAUUGAUGGUUUUUUACCUGUUAACAAUGUUCACACUCCAAAGGUUAAUGGGAAGCACAACAAAACUGUUAAGGAACUGGGCAUAAAAAUUAAUGGCUCAACAAUUCGGGGUGAUAGCUCCACUGGGUUCAUGCACCCUGGCAUCUCUGCCUGUACGGAGGUUUUCGCUAGUUUGGAUCAUUGGAAAUGUGGUAAAAUUUCUUCCUGGCACAAUACAGAAGGCAACUCUAUCCAAUGGCUUUGCAUAGUGUGUGUUGAUCGUAAAGGGAUGAUGGCAGAAGUUACAUCAGCGUUAACAGCUUGCGGAAUUACCAUAUGUUCUUGUGUGGCAGAAAGAGAUAAACGAAGAGGAAUGGGUGUGCUCUUGUUCCAUUUCGAGGGCACUGAUGAGAAUGUGGUCAGUGCAUGCUCCAGUGUUGAGAUGAUUCUUGGUGUUCUUGGAUGGUCUGCUGGGUGUAGCUAUAACCCGUUGGGUGUUCUUGAGUGCUAGUGCAUUUCAAGCAAUCAUGCUGCAUAGUGCACCUUGAUCUCCACCAAAACCGAGACAAUUUUGGAAGCACUAACGAUGAACCUGUCACUCGAUGUUCUAGGAGCAGUCAGAUCCGGAUGAUGAACAGGCAACCUUUGGGUUUGUCAAAGCAGACAGAGUGGCAGCAGGGGGGAACUAGAACCAGAUGGUACCAUGCUUCAUUCUGGAAGCGAAAGAGUGUACAUAGCUGAGCGAGUAGUAGUAUACUUUAGUGCAGGGGUUGGCUGGGUUUAUAAAAGAAGCCUUCAAAAUAAAGGCUGUCGCUUUCUCUCUCUUUUUUUUUGCCCUUCGGUGGGUUGCAUAUAUUAGUUGCGUACUCAAAUGUGUAGCUAGAGUUUUGACCUGGAAUGCCAGUGCCUCAAAUUUUGCCCUCGUUAUACUCAUGAAUAUGAUGUACUACUAUGGUUGAUGUGAA